AUGGCGCCUGCGCCCUCUCGCUUGGCCGCCGGGGGAGGGCGGGAUGAAUCUCCGCAACUCCGCAUUUCACUCACCGGUCUCUUCUUCCUCACUUACCCCCUCUACACGAUCCGAAGCCGCACGCUCUGUGCGCCCUACCUUGUCCCGGUGCCCUACGUGAAUUUUCCACCGCCGCGCCGCGACUCGUAUCUCUUGCCAGGCUACCAGGAAGGCGGCUCUCAAGAGGACAGCUCUGCGUACGUGUGCAGAAUCCUCCGCCGCCCGCUGCUUGCUCAGUGCGCCGUCGCGACGUUUGGCACCCUCGACGUCUUCCGCUUCACCGCCGCCGCUCUGAAAACGGUGUAUGGCGCGGAGGGUUUUCUCGGUCUCUUCCGCGGUAUCGUUCCCGCCACUCUCCACAUCGUCGCGAGGGACGUCGUGAGCUUCGUUCUGCUGCGACACUGCCUAGGAUUCACAGUCGCAGUCUACCGCGCCGUCCUCGACGGAACUUCAGUCGCGUUUUCCCUGCUUAUCCCGUCGUUCCUCUGGCGCCGGGGCGUCGCCGCGCGUGGCCGCCUCUCGCCCUCUGCGACGGAUUCCGAUCUGCGGUGCGUCGGCGCGGUCCUUAGCGAAGUCGAUGAGGCCGCUCUGGAGGUUGACAGUCUGCGAGACCCGCAGGAACAGGCUGCCGAAGUCGCGUCUGACAUUGCCAGCCUCACGCGCUCUGCCCUAGACGGCGCGGAGCCGCUCCCCUCUGCCAAUUUAGUCCCGCUGCCGGAGCGGCCGCCGUCGCCCUUCAGACUGCGGGAGCGGCCUCGCGAGAGGCGAGCCGCCCAGGAUGGCGCAGACCAAGCCGCAGAAACCUGCCUCGCGGGCGACGAUACAGCUCGUGCAUGCCAGGAGAUUGAUUGCGUCGAGCUGGCGCCGCGUCUGAGGCCUGACACGCGCGGAAAAGAUGCGGCGCCGUUCAUCCUCAAGCUGCUGACGGAGUGCGCCGUGUAUCCGCUGCUGACCGUGGCGACGCGCAUGGUGGUGGCUGAGGGCGCGCCGUACGCUCCGCCGCCUUCGCAGUUUCUGGCUUCGCUCGCCGCGUCGCUUCCGGCGUCGCUCGCGGGCGCCGUCUCCUUUCUGAACCCCAAGUACCUGCACAUGACAAUGGCGCAGAUGGUGCGACUCACCUUCGCCGCCGACGGCGUCGCAGGCUUCUACGGCGGCCUGCUCCCGUUCCUCUUGUCGCGGUGCGUCGACGACAGCGUGCAGGCCCUGAUGCGCCUCUUCAUCGCGGAUCUGUCGCCGCAGGAGAUCCGUGGACGCGGCGAGCGAGAGAAGGAUCGCGCGGCCGACCGGGCCUUCUCCGCGUCUCUCCUCGACCGGCGCACCAGCGGCGACAGCGGCGACAGCGGCGACAGCGGCGACUCGAGCCUCUGGACGGAGGACCUUUCCGGCGCGGACGGGCGAGAGGGCGACGCGGGCGCGCCCGCGGGGGCUGGGCCGCGCGGAGGCCUUCCCGACGCCUUCGAAAAGGAUGGAGAAAGAGGCAGGUUCCUGCGCGGGCGCGAGAGCGGGCGCAGCGACAGAGGAGCCUUCUUCGCUCGCGCGACAGAACCCGGCUUCCUCUCCGGCCGCGACGGGGGCCUGCUGCAGACGUCGAAUCGGGAGAGGCAGCAGAGCUGCUUCGCCCUCGGCGACGAGGGAGGAGGAAUCGGCGCGAGCGAGGCCGCUGCGGCGGCGCGGAGCCGGGAAGGAGGCGACGCGUCGUCGUCGAGUGCGGCGUCGCCCCUGGAGGGGAACGCGCCGCUCCACCAGUUCAGCGCCCGCGGCCGCAGGGAGGUGGAGAGCGCGUUUCCCUUCGACGGCGAGAGGCGCGAAUCAGCCACGCAGGCAUCCUUCGCCACGCAGAGCCGUCACAUCCCGCAGCCGCGGUCGUUCCUCGACGGCAGUGUCGGGCUUCAGCACAGGGCUUCGCGGCUCUCCACUGACCACAGCGACGCCUUCUCCGUGCGCGACGACCCGAGGUGGACUUUCUGGCGACACGCGAGGGCAGGCGCCGGGGCCGCGGGCGCCGCGCAGGCCCCUGGAGGAGGCAUGCAGCGCGCGGCGAGCUCGAGCCUGGAGCACGCGCGCCACAGCAAGGCAGGUCUGGUCGACGACAGUCUGCACCAAGUCGAACUGUACACCAUGCGGGCGUGCUUCGCGGCGGUGUUGAGCACAGCCGUCACGCCUUUCUCUCAGCUGGCGCUCGUCCAGCGCUGCCAGUCAAACUUGGAGGGCCUCUGCGUGCCGCGUUCCUGGCUCGACGUUCUGGCGGCGAUGCCCUGGAAGACUUUCUUCCUGCAGUUCGCAGUCUCCCUCACCUUCCUCAUCGUCAACAGCUUGAUGGCGGUUACACUACACGAAAAUGACCUGCGGAAGAAAAGGAGAGACGCAGACGAAGACGACGACGGAGACUUUUAA